AGCUUCACAUAUCAUCCCAAAGCAAACAUGGUCCUCUUUUGUGCAAAAUCCUACCUUCAGCGGUUCUGUUAUGAUGGGUUCCAGGAGGAAAGCAGCAGCUACAGCUUCUCCAGUGAUCUCCUGCCAUCUUUGGGAGCAAAUAUUAACCAAUCAAUCAAGCUUAGAAAGUUUAUGAUAUCACCCUAUGAUCCUCAUUACAGAGCAUGGCAAAUGUUCCUGGUUCUCCUGGUUAUUUAUUCAGCCUGGAUCUGUCCUUUUGAACUAGCAUUUCUGAGAUACUUGCCAGCCAAACUUUUCUGGGUUGAAAACAUCCUGAAUAGCUUUUUUGCAAUUGAUAUUAUUGUAACCUUUUUUGUUGCUUUUCUUGAUCGUAAAUCAUAUCUCUUAAUUGAUGACCCAAAGAGGAUUGCAGCCAGAUAUCUAUCCUCCUGGUUUAUCUUUGACAUCUUAUCGACGGCUCCAUUUCAAGCAAUCAGCCUUCUCUUCAGAGGCAGUGGGAACAACCUUGGUUUUAAAAUACUCAAUAUGCUCAGACUGUGGCGGCUACGUCGGGUCAGUUCCCUUUUUUCAAGGCUUGAGAAGGAUAUCAGAUUCAACUAUUUCUGGACACGAUGCACGAAGCUCAUCUUAGUAACUCUCUUUGCUGUACACUGUGCCGGAUGCUUCAAUUACCUUAUUGCUGAUCGAUACCCUAAUCCAAAGAGAACAUGGAUAGGUGCAGUGAUGCCAAACUUCAGAUCAGAAAGUCUGUGGACCAGAUAUGUAACUGCAAUUUACUGGUCCAUCACAACACUGACAACAACUGGUUAUGGCGACUUACAUGCUGAGAACUCAAGAGAAAUGCUAGUUGACAUCUUCUACAUGAUGUUUAAUUUGGGAUUGACAGCUUACCUCAUUGGAAACAUGACGAACCUUGUUGUACAUGGAACCAGCCGCACGAGAAACUUCAGGGACACAAUCCAAGCUGCUUCGGAGUUUGCAGCAAGAAAUCAGCUGCCCCAGCGCAUCAAGGAUCAAAUGCUAUCACACAUAUGCUUACGGUUCAAAACAGAGGGACUAAAACAGCAAGAAACCUUGAAUGAUCUGCCCAAGGGUAUUCAUUCAAGCAUAGCAUAUUACUUGUUCUUUCCAAUUGUACAACAAGUCUACCUUUUCCGUGGAGUUUCCUUCAAGUUCCUUUAUCAACUGGUUACAGAAAUGCAAGCCGAGUAUUUUCCACCAAGGGAAGAUGUAAUACUGCAAAAUGAGGCAUCAUCAGAUCUUUACCUAUUGGUAUCAGGAGCAGUGGAUUUGAGAUCAAAUAUUGGUGGGAAUGAACGAUUUUGUGCAAGGCUAGCUGCAGGAGAAGUAUUUGGGGAGAUAGGGAUCCUGUGUUGCAUGCCACAACCAUUUACUGCAAGUUCUGUUGAACUCUCACAAAUUCUAAGGUUGAGCAGCACCACAUUUAUGAACAUGAUUAAGGAGAAUACAGAAGAUGGGAAUACCAUUAAGAACAAUCUUUUACAGAAAUUGAAAUUAGAACAAAGAUCAUUUCCUGGAAUAGAUGAAAAUGGCCCACGAGUUCUUGACGAAAAAUUCAAGAGAGAAAAUCAGAGCAUGUCUUCUCCAAGCCAGGAUUACAAUGUUCAAGAACCUCAAACAGUGGGAUCAAUGGAAGGAAGACAUAUUGCAUGCACAUUUUCAGGGAAUGAUAGCUUGAAUGCAUCUUAUGAGUUAGUAAGGUAUGGAAUUGACAUGAGUCCAACUGAUGCAGAAAAAUAUGCAGCACUUGAUAGGGAUGACAAAAUGGGAUAUAAUAAAGGCAUCAAUUUGGAUCAAGGAGCAAACAUGGUCAAACUAAAUGAUAGCAAUUGGUCACCAGCAGCGUUUACAGAGGAAGUUAAGACUGAUGGCUGCCACAAAUUGACACUAAGAAACAAAAACAGAAUGACCAUGACAGAGAGUCAAGAAAACACAAUUAGCAGGAAAAAGGCAACUGAAAGUGAUCAAGAACCAAUCCAGCAACCUAUGCACUCAAAGUUUCCUGACGGAAUGAAAAAUGGAUGCUUAAACAUUCAAAGCGGCUCAAUUGAUACUGAUAAUGCACAAAUGGCCAGCAAAAGAGUCAUCAUUCACAUGCUUUCAAGAAAGUCAAGAAGCACAAGAGAACAGACCAGGAAGCUCAUAAACUUACCUGGUUCUAUGGGGGAGCUCUUUGAAAUUGCUAGUCAAAAGUUCACCGGUCAUCAACCUAGAAAGGUGGUGAAUCAAGAUAAUGCAGAAAUAGAUGACAUUGCAGUUAUUCGAGAUGGAGACCAUUUAUAUCUCCUAGAGACGUGAGGGACUUUGUUUGACCUUAUAAAAGGUCACAGCAAGUUGAUGAUGGCUAUUGAAGAAAGAUAUUUAUGUUAUUUAAAUUACUAUCACCAACUCAAUACUAACAACAGUAUGUGGAACUCAAGUCAGGUACACUUUGAGUCAAUAUCAAGACACAGAAAGUUUGCUCAUGGGGUCAUUAAAAAACUGAGGCUGAGUCCAUAAACCAGUUGAGAAUGGAUAAGAUCCCUAGUUGAAUAUAGUCUGGUCCUUUGUCUUUUUUUCUCUCCUUUUUUUUUUUACUUUUUUUUUUCUUUUGUGUGUGUGUGAAAAGAAUAACUUAUAUAAAGGAAGAGGCUUUAUUAUCUCCGAACAAGAGAUAUGGAUAUUCCGAUAUUUAUCCUUA